AUGGAAGGGACGUUCCACCUGAACAAUCUUUGGGCAAAGGCUUAUGAGAAGGUUCAAGAGAGCGAGCAUGCUGAAGACUUGGAAAUGUUCGAAAAUUACCUGCAAAAACAACCAUCCGAAGCCCAGCAGUGUUGGGUGGAAUCUGUCACUCAGAAUAGGGGUCGACUUAAACGAAUACAGAUUAUGGCCAAGGAGAAGCUAGAGGAUCUUCCUGAGGCUCGCACGUCUUUCACAUUGGGUGGGAAACGAAUCGUCGUGCGAGAGCAUAUCCAGAAAGCCAUUCAAACAAUUAAACAGUUCAAACCAAUCAUCAGCGGAGCACUGUCAGCUGAACCGCAGGCUGCUUUAGCUUGGGCCUGUAUUAUGGGCUUUUUGCCUAUAAUGGAAAACCUCUUUCAAAAGGACGAAGACGCGGCAGAUGGCCUCACUAAGAUUUUGUUUAUGCUUGUUCGAUUUCAAAACCUGGAGGAAUCAGUCUUGACUCACGACUCAGAAGCUGCAAGUCAAACUACGAGCACAAGUACCCAUGAGUUGCUCUCGAACAUUGAAACCAAGCUCAUCGACAUCUACCAGAAGGUUUAUCUUUAUCAAAUUCGUUUUGUCUUGCAAUACGGACAAGGUAAAUGGCGUCGAAACAUAGGAGGACUUCUCAAACCCGAAGAUUGGAAACAGAAGUGGAAGGAGAUCGACACUUCUCGCCAACUCGUUGACCAAGCUGUCCGAGAUCGACUUGGUGCCAGGACCAUAGAUACAUGGGCUGCGGUUAAGGAGAUUGAGACAACAACUAUAGAGACAUUGAAAGCCAUGUAUGAAUUGGACUCGAGGAUGAAGCAGAUGGACAUCAAAGAGCAAGCUACACAAGAAAGGGAUAUGUUGCUUAAACUACCGAUUGCUGCAGAUGCUGCAUUCGACUCAGCAAAGGUUCUGAGCGCCCAGAGCUACUGCCUCGAAGGCACCCAACACGAUAUUUUGUGCAAGAUCGGCGAUUGGGCAGAAGACCCCGGUGGUGAACUCAUAUUCUGGCUUUACAGCAUGGCUGGAACCGGCAAGUCAAGUAUUGCUUUGACGGUGGCAGAUGCGUUGAAACAGAGAAGAUCGCUUACCACGGGACGAAGUCCUCCCAGAACAGCGUUCCUUGGUGCUAGCUUCUUCUUCAAACAAGUUGAUAACACAAGAAACGGCAUCCAGCGUUUCUUUACGACCGUAGCUUGGAGACUUGCAGAAACGUUCGACGACUUCAAGCCACUCGUCGCCCAAGCAGUCAACAACAACCUGACCAUUGGGACGAAAGCGCCCCAGCAACAACUGCAACAUCUCCUUGCUGACACCCUCGCCAUUCUUGACCAGAAAACAUACUUACCCAUACGACUAAUCGUUGUAGUGGAUGCGCUAGAUGAGUGUCUUGACCGAGGUCAAGCCAAAGAGCUUAUCAGUCUUUUGGCUAUGCAGCUCAAGGACCUUCAAAAAGUGCAGCUUCGCAUCCUGGUUACAAGCAGACGCGAAGAGCAUAUUCAGCAAGCCUUCAGUCAAUUGGAAGAAGGAUCACACCUGGCAGUGCCUUUGAAGAAGAUCAAGCUAGACGCAGAGGGUGACAACGACGACAUUACACGAUACAUUCGCUCCACUUUGAGAGCGGUAGCCAGGCAACAUGGUUGUGAGGAAGACGAGGUCUCCACAACUACCAUCAAGCAGCUCAGUGAAAAGUCCAAUGGCCUGUUCAUCUAUGCAGCAACUGCUUGUCGAUUCCUAGAUGCUGGUGACUUUGCCGAUCCAUUGGAUAGACAGGAUCGUCUCGACCUAAUAUUGGAAACCAGUACAGAUACCGAUGACUGGGGAGACGAUGGUCCUCAGAACCAAAUUGAUGACAUCUAUCUCAAGGUUUUAUCAUUUCCAGCCCGUGAAAAGCUCAGUCCAACAGCCAGGCGGAUGACUUAUGAGAUCAUGAAGAAUACCCUGGGCUUUCUUGUAACCGUCUUUCAGCCUGUGACCAUACUUUCUCUUGAGGGAUUUGUUGAGUCCGUUUUCAAAGGAUCUGGUGUCAUAGCUGACAGGCUGGCACGACUGUUGAAGAAACUUCAGGCCAUCGUCACGAUACCCACUGACAAGAGGUCUCCACUCGAGCUGAUGCACUUGUCGUUUCGAGACUUCAUCUUGAGCAAAGAGCGAACUCAGCAUCUCAUGUUCCAAGUUGAUGAAGCUGAAAUACAUAAGAAAGCAUUUCUUUACUGCCUCGACGUUAUGUCCAAUGAGCUCCGUCGAGACAUCUGCGACCUAAAAUGGCCCGGGACCAUGGCUUCAGAAAUACCGGGCGAACGGAUUGAAGAGCACAUUCAGCCUCCCUUGAGGCUCUGGUCCUUAGUCGAGCCCCUAGAACACCAACAGUUGUCUGGUCUGAUCUACGAUAUGAGACGUUUCGCACUUAUUAACCGGUGGAUCAUUGAGAAUGCACCGCUGCAAAUCUAUGUGUCGACGCUCGUUUUCAGUCCCAAAACGAGUUUGAUAAGAAAUCUAUUCCAGAGUCACAUUCCCAAUUGGAUUGUGCAGCAGCCGGUGGUAGAUGACCAAUGGACAUUGGAGCUCUCCGUUAUACAGGGGCACACAAUGGAAGUGGAUUUUGUUGCCUUCUCGCCGGCUGGUGAUCUCAUCCUUUCGCUAUCUGAUGACAGAACAGCGAGACUAUGGGACACGGUCACAGGAACUGAACGUUUCAAAUUCGAAAGUUCCACAGAUUACACAUUCGCUGCAUUCUCUCUGGAUGGAGAGUCCGUCGCAUUCGGCUGCUGGGAUGGCUCUGUUUAUGCAAGGCAGCUCGCUGGAGGGGCUAAAUUCCAAUUUGACGGUCAUGAUGGUUGGGUCAGGCAAGUGACUUAUUCCCCAAGGACUGGCAAGAUGCUGGCAUCUGCGGCUGAACCCUCGAGCUUCAAGAUAUGGACCAUCGACCAAAGGCACGCAAGGCAUGUAUUGCCUAAGCCUACCCAUCCGAGGAAGUAUUGGAAUGGUGCAUGUGGAUUUACUCCAGAUGAACAAUAUUUGAUAACUGUAGAGUUUGGGCAAGACAUUACCAUUUGGGAUACACAGAACGGCCACUGCAUCAGAACGUUUGACAACUUCCCACCGGCCUCUGUCCGUGAACUCACCAUCUCCCUCAAUGACUCUAUGGUAGCAAUUUGCACCCGAGAAGACACGGUGAAAAUCUUCAACGUCCUUACAGGAGAACAUGAGAUUGAGUAUUGUGGCCGUACAUACUGGCAAAUUCUCUCACCACCAAAUGGAACCUCGGUGUGGGCUAAAACCAAAGAAGGUGAUAUUGUCCUUCUUGACUCCGGCCACACUUCCGGGCUUGAGCGAUUCUCAUUAUCUUGUAGACAUCGCCGAGCUGCGCUGUCUAGGGACGGUAAAUUAUUGGCAUCGUGCGGAUAUAGCAACAACUUCAGACUUUGGGAUAUGCAAUCCAAAACGACCGUGGACAAGGAGCCUACGAAAGACGAGGGUCACAUUCACACCUUAACUCUCUCUCCCAAUAAGUCUCUCGUAUACUGCCCCACUUGGGAUCAGAGCAUCACGAUUGCACGCGAUUUGGAGGGUAGACAACUGACUCUUCCCUACCUCGAAGUGAGACGAAUAGAGUUUUCACCGGAUGGGAAAUUUGUGUCUCUUCGGAUAACAGACCAGGACGAUGUAGAGGAAGACGAAGAUGACAAGAGAGUGCUAAGUGAGCUUUGGGAUGUGACCAUGACUACCAAGGUCCUGGCUUGCAGGCAAUGGAAGGGAGUGUUUUUCUCGCCUACGGGUACUUACAUAGCCAUGAUCACAACUGAGGGUGAGGCCGAGGUCUUCCACUUUUCUCGACGACAGCUGAAGUUAGCUGGUAACUGCGAACACGAGUUGGAUUCGCCAUACCCUGGCAUCGCUUUCUCGACCACUGGAAAGUUAUUGGCCACUACAUCGUGGAUGAAGGAACAUAAUAGCACAGGCACGUUGUUUCAGCUGUGGGAUGUUGAGUCUGGAAGUGAGCUUGGGAGGUAUAUUGUCAAAAACGAGAUUACCGACCUCUCUUUCUCGAAUGACACACAUCUGGUCUGUGAUCGGGGACAGUUACCACUUCCUCUUUCCAAACCUGCGAUAGGCGAGGACCACUGGAACGUAGACCAGGAAGACUCAAAGGACCUACUCUAUGUUGGAGAUGAAUGGCUAUACCGCGGAUCAGAGAGACUCAUGUGGCUGCCUGUUGCAUAUAGGUCGGAAGCUUCCCACUUAGUCGGUGACACGCUUGUUCUCUCUCACGAGAGCGACAACAUCCGAGUCAUGAGGUUCAAUCUUGCUGCCAUUCCAGUCCGAGACAGCAGGACUAGGCGUAUUGGGACUUGGCAGGAAGAUUGA